UCGGCUCGCCCCCCCCCCCCGCCUCCUCGUGCCCGCUGUCCCCCCGCCUUUCGCCACUGGUGGUAUGUUUUAGGCAGUACCUCCUACAUAUGGCUUUCUCCGACGAGGCUCGGCAGCUGCGAUAUUCACCUGAUUUUGGAAUGAGAGCACACUCGAAUCCCCCACAGGAUAAUGAAGAUACAAAGAGACAGAAUUGCCGAUCUUUAUCCUUGUCUGGUCAUGUUGGUUUUGAUAGUUUACCAGAUCAAUUGGUUAACAAAUCAAUCAAUCAGGGUUUCUGCUUCAAUAUUCUCUGUAUUGGUGAGACGGGACUUGGGAAAUCCACCUUGAUUGACAGUUUGUUUAAUACCAGUUUUGGUGACCGAACGUCAACACACUUUCAGCCGAACGUAAGACUUAAAGCUCAAACAUAUGAUCUUCAGGAAAGCAAUGUUCGGUUGAAGUUGACUGUUAUAAAUACAGUUGGAUUUGGUGACCAGAUAAACAAAGAGGAUAGCUAUCAACCAAUAGUAGAUUAUAUAGAUGCACAGUUUGAAGCUUAUCUCCAGGAAGAGCUGAAAAUUAAACGCUCCUUAUAUAAUUACCAUGACACUCGCGUCCAUGUGUGCCUUUACUGCAUUUCACCCACAGGGCAUUCUCUUAAAACUGUUGAUUUAUUAACCAUGAAAAAUCUUGAUAGCAAGGUGAAUAUUAUUCCAGUUAUAGCCAAAGCAGAUGCAAUUUCUAAAUCUGAACUUCAGAAGUUUAAGAUCAAAAUCAUGAGCGAGUUGGUCAGUAAUGGAGUCCAGAUAUAUCAAUUUCCAACAGAUGAUGAGGCCAUUGCUAAGAUCAAUGCUACCAUGAAUGGACAUUUGCCAUUUGCUGUAGUGGGGAGUACAGAAGACAUAAAGAUUGGAAACAAAAUAGUAAAAGCUCGCCAAUAUCCUUGGGGCAUUGUGCAAGUGGAAAGUGAGAAUCAUUGUGAUUUUGUGAAGCUCCGUGAGAUGCUGAUUUGUACAAAUAUGGAAGAUCUGAGAGAACAGACUCACAUGCGCCAUUAUGAGCUGUACCGGCGCUGCAAAUUGGAGGAGAUGGGUUUCCAAGACACAGGUCCAGAAAACCAGCCUGUCAGUCUACAGGAAACCUAUGAAGCUAAGCGGUAUGAAUAUCUUGCGGAAUUGCAGCGGAAAGAAGAAGCAUUGAGGCAAACGUUUGUGCAGAGGGUCACAGAAAAAGAAGCACUGCUGAGAGAAGCUGAACGAGAACUGCAAGUGAAGUAUGACCAUUUGAAACGACUUCAUCAAGAAGAGAGGAUGAAAGUGGAAGAAAAAAGAAAGCUUCUGGAAGAUGAAAUUAUGGCAUUCAAUAAAAGAAAAGCUGCUGCAGACAUACUCCAAGGGCAGGCACUUGUCGCUACACCCACUGUUAGUUUAAAAAAAGAUAAGGAUCGCAAGAACUCUGGCUUUCUGUGAAGCUGAAGAUGUGAGAAGAAAUUGUUCACAGUGAUCCAUGAGAACUUGGAUUUCCUCCUUUUUUCGUAAUACAAGCUAACUUGAAAACUGACCACUGCCUAAGAAAGGAAAAAGUAUAUCAAACUAUGUUAAUCAAUAAUGCAUGUUGUAGGUUGCUGUUGUAAUAAUUAUAUUUAAAUAGACAUUUUUAAAAGCAGUUUAACACCCUUUCAUACUGCCACCCUUUCAAAACUCUCCCUUCCCAGGUUUGGAGGCUUCACAAGCAGUCAAGGGCAGUCACAAUAUAUCACUUGUCUUGCCCCUAAUUAUCAGGCAGAGAUCCCUGACCCAGAUCCACACAGUCCCCUUUCUCAUCUUCCCAGGGUCUUUAUCAUACAGGCAACGUUCCCUAUAUUCCCUACUGUUUACCCAGCUACUGCCCAAGGCUAUUGGGGAAAGGGAACUCAAUGUUUACUUCCUCUAUACCAUUUAAUGAGUCAGGCAUGACUAGAAUGCUUGAUAUUUGUGUGUGUGAUAUUUUCCUUCAGCCGACAACUUCAAGCCAGCUAUGGUUAAAUAGAAACAAGACUAACUUUCAUUUGCAAGAUGUUAACUCAGGAGUGAAUGAUUUUAAAACACAAAUAUAUUGUUAAGAGGUAUACAUAUAAUCCAUUCUUAUAAUAGUGGAUUAUAAUAUAAAUUAACAGGUGUCAUCAGACAGCUAUUGUCAUCUGCUAUCCUUCAGCAGCUUCCAAUCCUCUCUCUAACUCCCAUAACAGAUUUUUCAACAGCCCCAAGCCCCAGCAUUUCACCAACUCUCAUUGCCUGUUCCCCAGAAGAGGUGAAGCUGGAACUAGCUGUGUCCAUCACACAGUUAUGUAUAUGCGCUUAAGAAUUUAUGUACUCCUUGCCAAGUCACAUGCACUUAAAGUGCAGUGCCAAAGAUCAUUGUGCCAUUAAACAGUUCUCUUUUCACUUACGAAUGCUAUAGUACAGAAGUGUUCAGUGAACAUGCAUUGUAACUGUUUUGAAGAAUCUUUUGGGAUGUGGUUACUGCACACCAUUUGAUGUUACUUUUGAAUCAUUUACUGAAUUGUAUGAAAUAUGUAAACCUGUUUAAAUAACCACGUAUUUUUCUGAUAAUACUUUUAUAAAUGCACUUUCUAAUCUUGUGAUAAUGCUAAGCUUUCAAAUUAAAAUGGAUCAUGGUUGCCUUCAA